CUGGAAAGGAACCAGUCCCAGCCCAGCCGGGGAGCUGCGAGCGAGCCGGCAGCGCCGGGGAGAGCGAGCCCUGGGCCCUGAUCCCGGCCCGCCGCCUCCCGCCCCGACGGCGCGGGACGGCCCCGCUAUGGGCACGGCGCCCCGCGGUGGGUCUGUGAAGGCAGGGAAGAUGCCAGAAAGGGAGAAGACGACGCAGUGCAAGCAGGAAGCGGAGCAGCAGCAGAAGGAAGAUGAGAAGGAGGGCCUCAUCGAAUUCUAUGGUUCCUACCAGGAGCUGUUCCAGUUCUUCUGUAGCAACACGACCAUCCAUGGAGCUAUCCGCCUGGUGUGCUCUAAAAAGAACAAGAUGAAGACAGCCUUCUGGUCUGUCCUCUUCUUUCUCACCUUCGGCUUAAUGUACUGGCAGUUUGGAAUCCUCUACAGGGAGUACUUCAGCUACCCUGUCAACCUCAACCUCAACCUCAACUCAGACAGGCUGACUUUCCCUGCAGUGACGCUGUGCACGCUCAACCCAUACAGGUACAGUGCCAUUCGAAAGAAGCUGGACGAACUGGACCAAAUCACCCAUCAGACACUGUUGGACCUUUAUGACUAUAACAUGUCCUUGGCACGAAGUGACGGGUCAGCGCAAUUCUCACGAAGGCGCACCUCGAGGAGCCUGCUCCAUCAUGUUCAGCGCCAUCCUCUGCGGAGGCAGAAGCGGGAUAACUUGGUCAGCUUGCCAGAAAACAGUCCCUCAGUGGACAAGAACGACUGGAAAAUUGGCUUUGUUCUGUGCAGUGAAAACAAUGAGGAUUGUUUCCAUCAGACGUACUCCUCAGGAGUGGAUGCAGUGCGGGAAUGGUACAGCUUUCACUACAUCAAUAUCCUGGCACAGGUGCCUGAUGCGAAAGACCUGGAUGAGUCUGACUUUGAGAAUUUUAUUUAUGCUUGCCGCUUCAACGAAGCAACGUGUGACAAGGCGAAUUACACCCACUUCCACCAUCCCUUGUAUGGGAACUGCUACACCUUCAAUGACAACAGCAGCAGCCUGUGGACAUCCUCUCUGCCUGGGAUCAAUAAUGGCCUCUCUCUGGUGGUGCGCACCGAGCAGAAUGAUUUCAUCCCUCUGUUAUCAACAGUAACUGGAGCCAGAGUCAUGGUCCACGAUCAAAACGAGCCAGCCUUCAUGGAUGAUGGGGGUUUCAAUGUGCGUCCAGGUAUUGAGACCUCCAUCAGCAUGAGGAAGGAGAUGACUGAGCGCCUUGGGGGCAGUUACAGCGACUGUACAGAGGAUGGCAGUGAUGUGCCAGUGCAAAAUUUGUACUCAUCUCGCUACACUGAACAGGUCUGCAUUCGUUCCUGCUUUCAGCUCAACAUGGUAGAGCGCUGCUCCUGUGCCUAUUACUUUUAUCCCUUACCUGAUGGAGCAGAGUAUUGUGACUACACAAAGCACAUAGCUUGGGGCUACUGCUAUUACAAACUCCUUGCUGAAUUCAAAGCUGAUGUGCUGGGCUGCUUCCACAAAUGUCGGAAACCUUGCAAAAUGACAGAAUACCAGCUCUCUGCUGGAUACUCUCGCUGGCCUUCUGCUGUCUCAGAGGAUUGGGUUUUUUACAUGCUUUCACAACAGAACAAAUACAAUAUAACAUCCAAGAGGAAUGGAGUUGCAAAAGUGAAUAUCUUUUUUGAGGAAUGGAACUACAAGACCAAUGGGGAGUCACCAGCAUUCACAGUAGUGACUCUCUUGUCCCAACUUGGGAAUCAGUGGAGUCUCUGGUUUGGAUCCUCUGUCCUAUCUGUGAUGGAGCUUGCAGAGCUGAUUCUGGAUUUCAUUGUCAUCACUUUCAUCCUGGCCUUCCGCCGGUUCCGCUCCAAGCGGUGGCACACCUCUGCAAGGCCCCCUCCAAAUAGUCACGAUAACACUGCCUUCCAAGAUGAGGCAUCAGGACUUGGUGCUCCACACCGCUUCACUGUUGAGGCUGUAGUGACCACACUGCCAUCUUACAACAGCCUGGAACCACGCGGACCAAGCAUGGAUGGUGAAACAGGACAUGAGUGAGGCAGAGAUCUAUUUCAUAAUUCAGUUAGAUGACAGUUGGACCAGAAGCUGUAUACUUUCUCUGUGGGACCUACUUUUCAUUCUUUUUGGGAUGCUCUGCCUCGAUCAUAGCAGAAGACUGUACUGUGGUUAAUUGCUUUUAUUAUAUGUGAAUCCUUCAGUCUUGUAAAACACUGUUGCUCCUGGGAUCACCAGGGAUGAGAGUCACAUGGUGUUUGCAAAGGGGAGAUGUCAACUCAGCUUCCUUAUAGUCUUUACAUGUGCAUUCAUUUUUUUUCCUCUGCAAAAAAGAUGCUGCAACAGCUCUCAUCUGUUAUUAAUUAAAGAGGUUUGGCAGGUGCAACUGGCCUUCUCUGUAGUAUGACAAGGGACCAAAAUGGAGUCUCAGCACAGAUGUAAGUCUCUCAGCAGGCUGAGCCUUAAACAUCCCCUGAGGCUGGAAACCGGUUGCUCUUCCCUACUUCUUAACAGCCAGCUCUGAUCUCUAGACCAAGCUGCACACCCUCUCUUCUCCCAGAGGAGAGGCUGCUGGCAAUCUCAAUCCAUGUGAUUCACAAUAGUCUAGGGAGGUUGCUGAAGCGUGCAACUGUUCUCAGAGCAGGACAGAAAGGAGCCCAUAGCACACUGGUAGAGCUUCACUGUGUAACAGUCUCCUUCCCUGUGAUACACCAUACAUACGUACAUUCAGCCGUUUGUUUGCCAGAGGGUUCAGGAUGAACUGAACUCAGCCUAGAGUGGGCCCUCAUAUUCUGCUAAGGAUUAUAAAACUGCUGCAGACUUUAAUGUAAGAUGUUUCAGGGAAAGCUUUGACCUGAUCAAAAGAUAAUAGAUGGUUACCUCUAGAAGAGGACCCUCUCCUCAGUUUAAAGAACAAUUUGGAGAUCUCAGCGUACACUUUAUCUUUUGCAGAAAGCUUGCCUUUUUUUCUUUAUACAAAAAAAGAAGUCUGCUGCAUCUGUUGGCAACGGUGUUUACACAGCACUUUACAUGAUGCCAAAGAAAGCAAGGGUGAUGUCCUCAACAGACAGGAAAAUCCACUUCACUGGACACAGAUACCAGAAUUAAAAUAUCUAGUUUAGGCAGAUCCAUGUACAUAAUCGUACUGCAAACAGCCUCCUCUUUUGAACUCAGAAAGUAGUCAAUCAACAAACAAAAACUUAGAAUACUUUAAAAAUUUAAGGUAGGUGCCCCACACUUGGAGAUCUGCAGAACUUUACAAGUAUGUAUUGUUACCUAAUUCUCCCAUUUGAUACGUUAAACAUGCCUGUUGCACUACUGUUGCCUUGAUUACCUAAGUGCACUUUCCACUUCCUAGCAGAGUGAUUUUAUUCCUCACAGGCAUGAACACUAAACUCAAAUCUUAGUUUUUCCAACUUUGUCCCAGUGCUGUGCUGAUCCUUUCUGUCUAAGGGAAGAAAUACUGUUUUUCUACUGGGAAUAGAAGCAAGCAAUUAGCAGGGUGAGGUGAAAGGGCAUUAGCUGUCAUUGGCAUCCUUGUUCUUCAGACUGGCAGGAGAGAGAGCCCUGCAACCAUGGGUACUUAGAGGCAUGGGUACUGAGAAGCCUUCAUUGUAAACAAACAAACCAAACAGACUUCUACAAGCGUUUAAAAGAAAAACACUAAAACACCCACCCUAAAGUUGACCAAAUAUAGGAAUUUUUAUUUUCUGCAAAAACAUGCUGGCUAAGAAGCAAAGUUAAGAGCUAGAACUAGUGACUAAAACAAACAAAACUUUAUUGACAAUUAAAGCAGUCUUGAAUGAUCUAAAGCAAAAAGAAGUUAGAAUGCUGCAUCCGCAGCCCAGAUCCUGAUCGUAAAUUCAGUAUUACUGAUUGUUGCUUCAGGAAGUCACUGGUACAUGAAUGAGCAGAAGUGUGACACUGAGCACUGCCAGUCAUUUUACAAAGUCACCUCCACAUCAAGAAAAGACAGAUUGGAAGUAAAAAGUGCAAAACAUAAAGCAGUCUCAACCAAGCCUGAUCUUUCUAGAAUAUAUAAAAACUAAAGCAUGAAUCCUCACAUGAUACAGUUCCUUGUGACAACCAUAACAUUGAUGCAACCCACUGCAUCACACAUAAUUUAGUAAUUAAAUAAAGAUCAGAGGCAAUAGCUACUUGAAAGAUAUUUAACGCCUCUUCAGAUAUAGAAGAAAGUGAUAAUUCCUGGAGGAAUCUUGCACCACAUUAUCUCUUCUGCAGAAGUGGUGAAAUUUAAAACAUGAGCUUUGACUGACGAACUCAAAGUAAUGGCUAUAAAUCCAGAACUAAAGGCCUGUACAAACAUGAAGUUGCUAUACAGGUCGGCAACUGGAUUAGCUGUACCUGCCCAAAGGAUUAGUGCAAAAACUGCCAUUGUGUGAGAGAUCAGGCCAUCCUCACAAGAAAAUCCCUAUGCUUGCUGUGAGCAGACAAUGCCAUAAAUUAUCAGCUCAACAGACGCACAGUGAAUUUGGUCUGGCUGAUGAGAGGUGAGGCCAGUAGUGCUGGAAUGAGUGCAGGAAAUUGAGUGUUUCACUGAGUAUAUGAAAUACUAAAGAAAAGGGAAGAACACACGCAUUCAGAGAUAUUCACUGGACAACAAGGGAAAAGUCUUCAACUUUCAGCUAUGUAUUUGUACAAAGGAUAAAUUUAUUAGUUACAUUAACAGUACAGUGCAAUUACUUAAAAGACAUGGAAAACACACAAGGAACAACUGCUGGUCAUAGGACACUGAAGAAAGGGAAGUGAUCUUUUUGGACUGGGAACACAUCAUCCUAGGAAAACCACAGACAUAGGGAAAAAUGCCUAAAGGGGAAGGAAGGUGCGGAAGAAGAAAUUAUUUUGUGGACAAGUUGGAGCAUGAAGUAAGAAUGCUGCUGAAAUAUAAGGAAGAAAGAUCUGAGCUCUUGGGAUGUGGAAGAACCAGCUGAGACAGGGUAUAAAGGGCCCAAAUGUCUGUGGUAGUAGCAAAAAUUUGCAAGCUGAUAGAAUUAAAAGCAUUUGGACAUCAUGCUAUGGAAGAAAAGGAAUAUAGUCUAAGAAAUUUAAGGACACUAAUUAUUUUGGUGGUUCCAGUCAAAUGAAAGGACCUGAAAAGCACUAAGAUGAGAGUGCACUAAGAUGAUAGUGAAGUAGGACCAGGAAAAUUGAAAGUGAUAUGAGAAGGAGAGGUUGAACAGUUCAAACCUCUAGCAAAAAGGGUUUGAGAAUGUGAGGGUGUAGAGAUGAUGCAAGACAAUACCAGGGAACAACAAAAUGAGAGGAGUCCCAUACACAGGUGCAAAAAUUCACAGGAGCAUUCAGAGCACCCAAAGAGACUUGAAUGAAGAGAGUAGCUGGAGUGAUGAUAUAAGCCAGGAAACUAUGAACACGUGUGACAGGAAAGGCAGGGGCAAAAAGAAGGAAGACAGCAACAUCUGGGGCAGGAAAGAGUUGCUGGGAAAUUUUCAACACAAGUUCUUGUGUCUGGACAAAGGGAAGUUUAAAGAAAGGACAGCUGACCAGUUUUGGAGUGUGAGCACAAGUCUCCAGGUUUGGCUAGGGACUUUGAGACGAUGUCAUCAAUGGAAUGGAGUCUUCAUAUGUUCUGAGAAUAAAAAUCCUUCCUGCCCACAGCAAAAAUGGGACAGAACUAAUUGCUUGGUUGUGCAGGCCUGAUCUGUACUGACAUUUGGACGGUAUGUGCUACUUUAACUCACUGGCCAGACCAGAAUCCCUACUCUUCCAGGAGUGCUUUCAUUUUUGAGAUAGCCUAGCAGCACUGCUUCAGUUUCACCAAUGGACAUACAUUGUUCUGAUCAGUCUGCAAUAAAGUUGAGCCUGGACAAAGAUUGCAAUCAAAAUGUUUUGAUCCACAAGCUGCAGAGAGGAUUGUUUACAACUUCAAAAUUGUAAUAGCAAGUGCAGAUAAAUGCACAGGUGUCUCAUUUUAAAGCAAGUUCUGCCCAUUUCUUCUUAAUGAGUUUCAAGUGUACAAGUGAAGCAAAACUGGGGGGGUACUUACCUUAAUUCCAGCUAUUCUCCAAUCUAUCCUGUGAGUAUCAUCCUACUUCAGGAGAUCUUCAUUCAGAUCCUGAGUACAGCCCAAAAGCCAUCCCAACCCCAGUGAAAAAUAAUGGUCCAAAUUUAAGGACCUGGAUGUAGGUCACUGAAACCCAAAGGCAACACAGCCUGAGAAGUUAGAGCUACCAGCAACACAUCCAUUUGGGGAAUCACCUCCCUGUGGAUUACACCACAGCUGGACAUGGUGGCUGGAAGUAGAAUUGGCUUGAGGAGCCUCUAGUCUGCAUGCCUUGUUACAGACUUACCACCGAGUCAGCCAUACAUACAGUUCCAGUACCACUGACAACCAGCACCAUGGCAACAGGAGACUGCUCCUUACUUUAAGGGAUAGAACUUUCAUUAUGCAUAUGGUACUGAAGUGACGAUAAAAACAGUGUGUUUAGAAAUGUGUUAAAAGCAGUCUGUGAUCCCAGCCCUUCCCACCCACUAACAGACCAGACAGACUCAGUAAGGUGAUGAACUGUGUUUCUUUGAGACUGUUUAAAGUACAUGAGUCGAUUACUACAACAUGCCAGAGAUUACAGUUGUGUUUAUAGAGGAAGGAAAUAAAUUGCACGUGCGUAAUUGGCUGUAAUGCUGCAUACAGCAGAGUCCCUUGCUCUUACUCAGAGGGCCUUGGUAAAUUUUUUGCCCAUGCAUAGAGACACAAAGGAGGGGAAAGGUAGCAGAAGAGACAGCAACAUACAACAUCCAAGAGAAAAAAAAUGGAAGAGACAGCCUAAGGGGACCUUAGUCCCCAGAGGAAUAGGAGGAAUGGGGCACCAACGGCUUUGUUUUGAAAAGUUCAAGAGAAUUGCUGGUCUGGGGGCCUCAAGCUUGUAUGCCCACCCCCUAGAAUGAUAGCCGUAAGUAGUACAAAGCAGACCCUGGCUCCUCUUCAGCAGAUGCACUUCUGACCGUCCAUCACAUCUCAGUUCCACAGGGAAUUAGGGAAGUGCUCAGGGGACGAGGGCUGCUUCACUGCAGAUCUUCAACUCUGCCCUCACCCAAGGUGGAGAGGGAUGGAAUUGCAGGGAGAUGAACUCAGCGCAAAUGAAAUGCUGGGGCAUGGAAGUGAGCGUGCAAAACCUAGCCCCUUCCCAGACAAUCUGUGAGGAGGAAAGGGGCUUCUCCAGCAUACUCAGUGCAACAAAAUGCAUCUGCCCCUCCCAUCUUUUGUACUUCCACCCCAGAAUGCCAGUGAUGUUUUCCCCUACGUCCUCCUAAGCCUAGACAGAACUCUGUGCCUGAGGUAGAGCUUCCUCAACUAAAGAGCUGUCCUCUUUACAGUCCAGAUUAUGGGCUACAGCUCAGCUUGUAAAAAAAAAAAAAA